GGGGGGAGGGGGAGGGAAUGCCGAGUGUUUAUUGCGGACCCCAACUGACCCCUCCCCCACGGAGCCCCCGCUAUUGCGGGGUCCCUUCGCCGGUCGCCACCCUUUGCACACAUUGGGGAGGGGGGCGGGUUCUGUAGCUUUGCACCGUUUGUUUGCCUCAGUUUCCUCCAGUGCAAAAAGGGGAUGAGAGCGGCCCCUCCCCCGUGAGAGUACGGGGCCCGGGAUGCAGGAAGCGCUCCCCACAUGCAGCAAUCAGGGGGAACUUUCCCUAGUCCUUGUGUUUUUCUGCAGGACAGCGGGGGUGGAGGAGGCUCCCUGACAGGAGGGGGAGGGGGGCUGGGGCUCCCAUCCAGCUCUGCUCCUUGCCCUGUUUCCCUCCUGGUGGUCUCGGGAUAUCUGUCGUCAUUUCUGGGGCCUUUGGCAGGAGGGUUCCCAUGUUACAGAUGGAGAAACUGAGGCAGGCAGGGACCAAGGGGUGGCCAGGGUCUCACUCUCCUUCCAGGGAUCAGGUGAAGGCCUUGUGGUCUUGACCCCAUGGGGCUCAGGCUCCCAGGGCUACCCCUCCCCGCAGGGCAGGAGACCUUAGUGUCCGGUGCUGGGGGUCCUGGGAAGGUCUCCUUGCUCCCACAGGUGACCCCUCUCGGCCUGCUCCUGGGGUGCAGCCUCUCCCGGCUCUCUCUGCCCUGAGAGCUCCUCCUCUCAUUCUGGACAGGUCCACAUCCAGCCUGGGCAGAGAAGCCUCAGACCCCGGCCUCCCUCUCUGGGCUCCCUCUCCCUCCCCAGCCCGGCUGGCAGAGGAUCCAAGCCCGGAACCAGAGUCAUGGCCGCCGGCAGCCGGAGCCCCCCGUCCCAGGAAUUGGUGACAUUCAAGGAUAUUUUCAUGGACUUCACUGAGGAAGAGUGGGGGCUCUUGGACGCUUCUCAGAAGGAGCUGUACAAGGAGGUCAUGCUGGAGAGUAUCCAGAACCUGCUGUCUCUGGAAACUGGAUUCAAAGUAAAUGAGAGGAGUAAAAGCCUGGGAAUUUUGGUGGAAGAACAUGACCUGCAAAGGUUCAUGGAUGGUCCCUGUGACUUCAAUUUGAAGGAAUUGCAUGACUUUAUUUUCAAAGUACAUAGAUAUGCAAAGAGUGAUUAUGAAUUGUAUGAAAUUGGAAAGAGAUUCAGAUGGACUUCUAUCACAAAUCAUUGCAAGAAAAUGAUCUCAGGAAGUGAUUACCUUCAAGGUAGUGAAUACAAGAAAUGCUUCACUAAAGAGGUGGAGCCAUUGCUUCCAGGUAAUCAAUGGGAUAUCACUGUGAAGUGCAGUUCAGACCUCAGUGGCCAUCAGAAAAAUGAUACUGAAGAAAUGCUUUCCAUAAGUGAUAAAAGUGAGAAGGCUGUCAGGCAGAGCUCUAAUCUCCUUACUCGUCAACAAAUGCCUAUUAGAAAAGAACUUGAUGAAAAUAAUGUAUGUGAAGGAACCUCAUCCUAUCACUCAUCUCUUCCUUACCACCCUGGAAUGAAACGUCCUGGAUAUGAUCAAUGUGGGAAAGCCUUUAGUUGGAAGCCAGCUCUUGGUAGCCCUCAGAAGGCUAAUAAAGGAGAGGUGUCUCAUAAAUGUGCUGAAUGUGGGAGAGCUUUCUAUUACAGAUCAUUUCUGAUUGACCAUCAAAGAAUCCACAGUAGAGAGAAGCCUUAUUUAUGUCUUCUGUGUGGAAAGCCUUCCAUAUGCAAUCAAUGUGGAAAAACUUUUACAGAUCUCUCUAGUCUAGCAAAGCAUAAAAAAACCCACACUGGAGAGAAGGCUUAUGAAUGUCAUCAAUGUGGAAAGGCUUUCACACAGAGUGCCCAUCUUGCUGAGCAUCAGAGAAUCCACACAGGAGAGAAACCUUUUAAAUGUAAUCAGUGUGGAAAGGCUUUCACACAGAGUUCCAGUCUUGCUUUACAUCAGAGAAUCCACACAGGAGAGAAACCUUUUAAAUGUAAUCAGUGUGGAAAGGCUUUCACACAGAGUUCCAGUCUUGCUUUACAUCAGAGAAUCCACACUGGAGAGAAACCUUUUAAAUGUAAUCAGUGUGAAAAGGCUUUUAGUUGUAACUCAAAUCUUGCUAGACAUCAGAGAAUCCACACUGGAGAAAAACGGUUUAAAUGUAAUCAAUGUGGAAAGGCUUUCAGAUUCUCGUCCAGUCUUGUUACACAUCAGAGAAAGCACACUGGAGAGAAACCUUUUAAAUGUAAUCAGUGUGGAAAGGAUUUCGCACAGAGUGCCCAUCUUGGUUUACAUCAGAGAAUCCACACUGGAGAGAAACAUUUUAAAUGUAAUCAGUGUGGAAAGUCUUUCAGAUUCUCCUCCAUUCUUGCUGAACAUCAGCGAAUCCAUACUGGAGAGAAACCUUUUAAAUGUAAUCAGUGUGGAAAGGAUUUCACACAGAGUUCCAAUCUUGCUUUACAUCAGAGAAUCCACACAGGAGAGAAACCUUUUAAAUGUAAUCAGUGUGGAAAGGCUUUUAGUUGCAACUCAAGUCUUACUAUACAUCUGAAAAUCCACACUGGAGAGAAACCUUUUAAAUGUAAUCAAUGUGGAAAGACUUUUAGACGCAGCUCCCAUCUUGCUACACAUCAGAGAAUCCACACUGGAGAGAAACCUUUCAAAUGUAAUCAGUGUGGAAAAGCUUUCACACAGAGUUCCAAUCUUGCUUUACAUCAGAGAAUCCACACUGGAGAGAAACCUUUCAAAUGUAAUCAGUGUGGAAAAGCUUUCACACAGAGUUCCAAUCUUUCUACCCAUCAGAGGAUCCAUGUUGGAGAGAAACUUUUAAAAAUGUAAUCAAUGUGGCAAGAGUCUUAGAUGCAGCUCCCAUCUUGCCAGACAUAAGAAAUCCACAAUGAAGUGAAACUUUUUUUUUUCUCCUAUUUUGGGUAGGAGAGGAUAGCAGAGGGAACUAUAUUAACCGUAGGAUUGUCCUGCCCCUGAUCCUCUAAUGUAAAAUAAUAAGGAAGGCAACUGAGAAAGUUUUGAAAAAUGUUUUCUUGAAUUCAUUACUACUCAAAAAAGAAAUUCAAGCUUUGUAAGUUUAUUUCUUGACAUAAUUUUCUGCUUUGCGUAAAUUCAAAAUGUUCAUUUGAUUUCAUUUGUAUGCAUUUCAAAAUUAAAAAAGAAAUCAGA